AUGAGAAAUAAUUUUUUUUUUAUUUUUUUAAAAAUGAAUGAAACUGCUACUAUAAGUGCAUCAAACAGAGACAUUUUAAGAACUGGUGAAGAUGUUAUCUCAGAAGAUGAAGCUAGGAAACGUAGAGAACAAUUAAAUAGACGGCCUUCUUAUCGUAUGAUCCUAAAAGACUUAGAAACAGUCACAGAUAAAAGUAUUAAUAAGAAAGAUUCAAAUGAAUCAGAUAUAGUUGUUGUAACAAAUAAUACAUCGAAAUUGUCACCACAAAAUGUUCCAACACUACCGACACCAGUUCCAGUUCUUCCUUUAAAAAUGGAUGGCACAAAUUCUUAUGUCUCACCAAUUGUCUCAGGACCACAACAACAAUGUACUUCUUCUUCAACAGAAUUAAGAAUGCCAUCAUUACUUAGUGAUCCAAAUGCAGUCACGGGUUCUUCGCUAAAUAUUAUUCCACCAUCAUCUAUUCCUACAUCUGUUAUGUCUAAUCCUACCGGUAUCAUGCUUCCAUUGAACGCAGAUCUUUUGCAUUUAAAAAAUAUUAAUGAUUCUCUAACUUUGGGACCAUUUACCGGUGUAGGUAACAACAAUAGUGAUUGGCAACCUGGAUUACUUAAUUAUAAUUCACCUUCUAAUCAUAUUAAUAGUGCUCCAACAUCAGCAUCAUCAAAAAGUUCAAUAGGAAUUCCUGAUGGAGAUGACUCAACAAAGAAACGCCAAGUUCGUCUUAUGAAAAAUCGUGAAGCAGCAAAAGAAUGUAGAAGAAAGAAAAAAGAAUAUGUUAAAUGUUUAGAAAAUAGAGUUUCUGUUUUGGAAAAUCAAAAUAAAGCUCUUAUUGAAGAAUUAAAAACAUUAAAAGAAUUAUAUUGUCAAAAGGGCAAACCAGACAUGUAA